UCGUUUUUCGCUCAGGGAACCAGUGAUCUAUUUAUUUGGGAACCAGACUGACUGUCAUUUGAGGAAGAGUCAUAAUAACAAAAUUAUUAUUCAUUUUUAUUGCAUUAAAUCAAGAGUUUCUGAACAGCAAUCAUGUUUUCAGGCGGUGGAAAUAUGGAAAAGCAUAUGUUUAACCUCAAGUUUGCUGCAAAAGAUUUGGAGCGAAAUGCUAAGAAAUCUGAAAAGUCAGAAAGAGAAGAAAAAGGGAAACUGAAAAAGGCAAUUCAGAAGGGGAACAUGGAGGGAGCCAAGAUUCAUGCAGAAAAUGCUAUAAGACAAAAGAACCAGGCAUUAAAUUACCGCAGAAUGAGUGCAAGGAUUGAUGCAGUAUCAGCAAGAGUACAAACAGCUCUUACAACUCAAAAGGUAACGGGGUCAAUGGCAGGGGUUGUGAAAUCCAUGGAGUCGGCCAUGAAGUCAAUGAAUUUAGAAAAGGUAUCACAAUUGAUGGAUCGUUUUGAACAACAAUUUGAGAAUCUGGAUGUACAGUCACAAGUUAUGGAGAACACUAUGUGUAAUUCGUCAACAUUAACUACCCCGCAAGGACAGGUAGAUAGCCUCAUGCAAGAGGUUGCAGAUGAAGCUGGGCUGGAGUUGAACCUCGACUUACCAUCAGCACAACAGUCAACAGUUGGUCAAUCAACAGCAUCGGCAUCAGGGGAACAGGAUGAACUCUCACAGCGAUUAGCAAAGUUAAGACAGAUGUAAAAAGAACAUCAAAAAUAUUUCAUCACAAUUACAUGCGAAGGAAACAUAGUUAUUGUAUCAUCUAGUAUUAUUUCGUGACAAAUUAACAAAGUUUUUUCAGCAAUGAGAA